UCCGCAGCGCGCGCGGCAGAGCCUCCUCGCGCCUCUCGCGCGGGCUGUUUUUCUGACUCGUGCUCUUCGUGCCAGAGCCUGCAGCUGUCUGCGCCGCUGUCGUUGUGGGGAAGGCGUCGCGACGCAUGGAGGAACCGACGGUUUUCUCUACAAGCCCUGGAGAUUUGGAAACUUCUGAAGUGUUUCAUGCGUUGCUCUAGGAGGACCGGAUGAAGACACCUGGCAGCUGAGACGCGCGCGCGUGUUCCGGACUGAGCUCUGUGUGAAAACUGUAGGAAUGUGGAAGACAAAUCUGUCUCGGCGUAACUGGACCAGCUUCUGCCCCUGAAACCAUGACCGCAGACUUGAACUUGACCUCUCUGAUGAAUGCAACAUUGUUAGACAACCAAACCAGAGGAUGUCCCCUCACCAAGACAGGCUUUCAGUUCUAUUACCUGCCCACGGUCUACAUCAUGGUGUUCAUCACCGGCCUGGUGGGCAACAGCCUGGCCAUUUGGAUGUUCGUGUUCCACAUGAGACCCUGGAGCGGCAUCUCCGUCUACAUGUUCAACCUGGCCCUGGCUGACUUCUGCUACGUCCUCUCUCUGCCUUUCCUCAUCUUUUACUACUUCAACAAAACAGACUGGAUAUUUGGGGACGUGAUGUGUCGCCUGCAGCGUUUCAUCUUCCACGUGAACCUCUAUGGAAGUAUUCUGUUCCUGACCUGCAUCAGUGUUCACAGGUACACGGGGGUCGUGCAUCCGCUCAAGUCUUUAGGCAGGCUGAAGAAGAAGAAUGCAGUUAUUACCAGUGCGCUGGUGUGGUUGAUAGUAAUUAUAGGCAUGUCCCCAAUUCUUUAUUACUCUAGGACUGGUAUGAAGCGUAACUCAACCACCUGUUACGACACCACCACUGAGGAUGAGCUAUCGGCGUAUUUCAUUUACAGCAUGACUCUGACUGUGUUUGGGUUCUGCGUCCCAUUCAUUAUCAUAUUCUGUUGCUACGGCAUGAUCGUCAAGGCGCUGAUCUGCAACGACAUGAACAACGCCCCCCUGCGGCAAAAAUCCAUCCACCUGGUGAUCAUCGUGCUCGCGGUCUUCGCCGUCUCCUACCUGCCUUUCCACGUCAUGAAAAACCUGAACAUGCGCGCCAGGCUGUUCUUCCAGAGCCCGGACAUGUGCGCGUUCAACAACCGCGUCUACGCCACGUACCAGGUGACGCGGGGGCUGGCCAGCCUCAACAGCUGCGUGGAUCCCAUUCUUUACUUCCUGGCUGGAGAUACCUUCAGGAGGAAGCUGUCUCGGGCCACCAAGAAGACCUCCAGAAAGGGCGACAACGUCCUUCAGUCCAAGAGCGAGGACACGGCGCUCAAUAGCCUGGCUGAGUACGUGGAGAACAACGAUCGGAGACUGUGACCGUCUCGCUUCAGAGACAAAGGGAUUAAAUAAAUCCAGGCACUGUGUGGACUGAAGACGGCGCGUAAACUUUAGGCGACGAUGGUUUGUAGAAUUGUAGGAUAAAAACUCCACUUAACCCUGUGAUACCAUUGCUUUCUUGCAGCCUGUUGACAAUACUAAG